AUCCUUGUUUAAGAAUUUUUUUCCUUUUUGGCCGUUUUGACUAAAUGAAUGUGUUGUCUGAAUGUUGUUUAUGUUCUGCUAACUGCAGUGAAGAAAAUUUCUCACUACUUUCUAUCAAUGAAUGUGUGGAAUGUUAUCAGUGAGGAAGGUUGGCCCCGUUGGAAGGUGGAGCCACUCGAGGUGAGCAGGCUCAGCUGCUAAAUUUGUGGAAUAUUAUCUUUUAAAAAAAUAGAUUCUAAUCCUCGCUGUAAUCCGCCCUCGAUCCAGAACAUGACAUGGACCAAUGAGAUCUUGUUUGGCAGAUUUUGAUCCUCAGCCUCACAAACAUGACAGCUGACCUCUGGCUUUGGGACAAACAGGAUUAACAUGGAGAGCAUUUAUGACAAGAAAGCUGAUAAGAAAGUUUGAAAGAGGAUAACGUGGGAGUCGCUGGAGGUCCUGGAAUUAUGUUUUCCAGCUUCUCCUCCAGCAUUUAUGACCAGUGAGGCAACAUUUUCUUUGUUUGUGGUGCAAAGCCUCCGAGAUGAACGCAGCAGCAGCGACCGAAGGCGCCAAGGCAGCUCCUCCCAAGUUCAAGCAGAAGGAGACGAGGCAGUUCAAGAGCAAAGCUCCCAAAGCUGGACAGAAGGGGUUCGAUAACGACGUCCCGGGGAUGGAGGGUCUUGGAGACUCGGCGGUGGUCUGCCCCUGGGAGGCGUUCGGUGACAUGGAGCUCAGCGACCUGGCUCAGUUCGGCAUCGUGUAGAGCUGUGGGAGAAGAGCUGCCACCCCGCUGCUGGAGGAAGAGGAGCAUGUGGAAGCUGGACGAGUGGAACAGUCGCUGUGGGGUGGAUGGAUGUCUAACCUUUUAAAGAAAUAUUCUAUUUUUCUAGGCAUGGUUUAAUUGUAACUGGAUUUAUUUUGCUAUCAGUAUAAAAGUUAUUUUCCUCAGCUCAUUUACUUUCUUGUGUUUCUUUGUAAUUUCCCAGUUAUGGGACUAAUAAAGGAUUAUUUUAUCUUAUCUUAUCUUAAAUUAUCAUUGAGUCACCGGAUAUUUAUUCUAUUAAACUGGUACAAUUGAUGAUACUGAUUAGUUUUAUCUCAGUUAUCUCUUAGAUUCCUGUAUAUUUGUGUAUGUUAAUCAAUAAGUGAAAGUAAUAAUAAAGAUAUGCCAAAUAAAACAAAUACAGAAAU